GCCAAAAUGUCUGGUGGAAAGCCCCGUGGUCUGAACGCGGCCCGCAAGCUGCGCAACAACCGCCGCGAGCAGCGGUGGGCCGAUCUUCAGUACAAGAAGCGUGCCCUCGGCACUGCCUACAAAUCCAGCCCGUUCGGUGGUUCUUCUCACGCCAAGGGAAUUGUCCUUGAGAAGGUCGGCGUCGAAGCCAAGCAGCCCAACUCCGCUAUUCGGAAGUGCGUGAGGGUUCAGCUCAUCAAGAACGGCAAGAAGGUCACUGCUUUCGUUCCCAACGAUGGUUGCCUGAACUUCGUCGACGAGAACGACGAGGUCCUGCUCGCCGGUUUCGGUCGCAAGGGCAAGGCGAAGGGUGAUAUCCCCGGUGUGCGGUUCAAGGUUGUCAAGGUCUCCGGUGUCGGUCUGCUCGCUCUCUGGAAGGAGAAGAAGGAGAAGCCCAGAUCAUGAAUGCGGAGCGAUAUGGAAAAUGGCACGGUUCGGCAUUGGGAUUCUGCGGGGCUUUUUUACAAC